AUGGAGAGAAACAGUGCUGCCUUUCCCCAAGCACCAGACCCCACACAUCACUUCCACAUAGCGCUGCUGGAUCAGAGACGGAGGCUGCGUGGCCAAAUUGCUCACCUUCACAAGGUGGCUCGUAAACUCAACAAGCUCCGCAAAAGGUCCGUGAUUGCCAACGUCAGCGGGAGCACCCUGACCGCCGCAGGAGCAGUCACAGCCAUUGUGGGGUUGUCCCUGAGUCCGGCGACGCUGGGAGUCUCUCUCCUGGCAUCGGCUGUGGGUCUGGGCUUGGCCACUGCCGGGGGGGCCGUCAGCAUCACCUCCGAUCUCUCCUUAGUGCUCUGCAAUUCCCGGGAGGUGAAGAAGGUGCAGGAAAUUGCAAUGACUUGUCGGAAACAGAUGAGGGAAAUCCUCGGCUGCCUGGAGUUCCUCCGCCGGGGGCAGGGUCCGGGGGACCCCACACUGCGCCAGUCAGAGAAGAGGGCUUCCAUCUCACUGUACAACUCUGUCUGCUUCAUGGUCUUCUGUGGCUCCCACAGCUUCCUCGUGCCAGAAUACACAAAGGAGGUCACAAAAGUCAGCCAGGCUGUCCUGAAGGCCAAAAUCCAGAAGCUGGCUGCCAACCUCGAGACCUGCACCAGGGCGAUGGACGAAGUCUGUGAACUUCUUGAGUCCAGGACAGAACUUUCCCCACACACAAGGAGACUCAACUUGGGUGCUAAAACCACUGCUGAGAUCCUGAGACCAUCCAGCUGA